AUGCGCUCAAACCUUAUCAAUGAUGGUGGUCCCGAUCUUGAUGCGUGCCCACGGCUCACAACUACCUUGCGGCCCAAUCUGAUCACUGCUCUGGCGACUAACAGUCUUGGAGACCUUGUCCCUAAAUUGUCUUUAGACGGCGACAAUCUUGAAAGGAUCGGCGCCUCCCGCAUAGAUGGUAGACGAUCAAGAUUCAGCGCAGGACCAGGCCGAAUCGGGGGGGAUGUCUCGUUCUUUAUGGCCCGCGGUUCUCCCCCUUCGACACCUCUUCAAUUCAAGUGCUUUCUCUAUAGCAGUGAGAUUGGUAAGGGCUGUCCCUGGUCCUUCAGCCGAAGGUUUGACUGCCGCAGGCAUGAAAAAACCCACCUCACAGGAGAUGCUCUUGUGGAAGAACUACACUAUUGUCCUCUGGGAACCGGCUGCCAUGCAGACUUCAAAAAUCUACAACUGAGCAAUCUUCGCACCCACAUAAGAGCUGUCCAUCAUGACAUCCAACACCUAAUAUGCCAAGACUGCAUGCCAUUUGUGCUUACUGCUGACCCAGCCGCCUUCAACCGGCACAAAAUAGAGAAACACAGCGACCUGCAGCCGGUUCUCCACACCAUCCACAAUCCCACCCCACCUGCCAUGCCAGUUCCAUUCCCCCAAGCCCUCCCCCAACCUAGUACCUCAAAGAUCACCCUGGCUCCCCUCUCCACCCUCAUCCGCCACCCGCCCGCUCCUUUACUCCCUCCUCCCUGCUCCAUUAUUAUCCGCGCCAAGUUGCCACUCCCAGAAAACCGCCGCCUCAAGCCGAUCGUGCCUCGCCGUCGCCACGACUGGCACGUGGCGCCGACUCGACCUUACAUUGCGAGGUACUUGAAUACUGUACCUAAACUACGGGACUUUCUCCGUGACGCCUGCGGUGUCGAGCUCCGUCCGCCUCGGACUCGCCGCCAUCUUCCUUCACCAGUUAGCUCCUCGAUGACCGGCAGUGGGAGCGUUUCCACUUCACCCAGUGCCAGUCAAUCCACCCCUCCCACCCGCAAUGCGACCAUAAGCCCACCUCCCUUGCAAUGGGUUGGCUCUCUAACGGUGCCCGAACCGAUCAUGGAUACCAACUAUAGCCGUUUCCGCUUCGUCGGAGGCAACGUCAUCUCCAUGCGCCUUGACUCUCGGGUAUUGCCUGCUCCUUGA